UCAUUUUAUUUUUUUUUUUGAAGUUCUUAUAUUCUAUAGUACAUCGAUGGCGCGCAAAAAAAGUACAUGCUUUAUUUAUUUUUUGGAUUUGAAGAAUGUUUACUGCCGUAUUUAAUAAUGUGUUUUCUAUGUUGAUAAUAGACAAAAGUAUCACUGAAACGAACAGAAAGCAAGCACUACUAGAAGUGCUUAGGAUUAAAACCUAGAAAAAACAACAAAACGUCUGGAUAGCAGUCAGUGUUCUAUCUAAACAAACAUCUUCACAUAUUAAAACUAUUCUCUAUACACUCAUGCACAUUUAAUCAACGCAUUGCGUCUCAUCAAUCAUUGGAUUUAUCUCUACAAUUCUUUCAACAAAUUAUUCCAACGAAUAGGCAUAAUAUAAAAAGUGGAUUCCUUCUGUAUUUCCAAUGAGUGCAAACAGCAGAACCAUUACAUGUGAUUAGUAGAUGUUUUCAAAGCCCAUUGACAUGUCUAUAUAUGUCUACAUAAUAACAGUCAUCUGUAAAUCUUAUUUUACGGAUCGAUACACACAUGAACUACCAUAUACCAAACGGAUUAAAGACUGAUCAGUUCAAUUUCCAGUCAACGCUACUUCGAGUGUCAUAUGAAAAUCGAAGCGGAAUUAAUGUCGCCUAAUAAAUUCCUUACCAAUUCUUGCACUGCUCUUUCUUCCUCGGAUUGUUAGCGGCUGUUGUCGAAUUCUGGACAGGAAGUAUGAGUCGUUCAUCUUUUGGCUUAAGAAGGUCUUUUAAUAGUGGGCGGAAGUUAUCACGCGAGCACAGGAAAGACGUCCACUCGUCUCAGAAGGGCCAGGCCAGGGCUGAACAUAAUGACAUGCAUGAGAAGCGGCAACGAAGUCGCCAUGACAACAGGGACACUGACAAAGCUACCAGAAGUAUAUUCGGUGAUGUCCCACUCACUGAUACUGAGCGCAGAUAUCUCUGGGCAGCUCAAAGUGGCAACUUAACAGCCCUGGAAAUGUUGGUGGAAGAUUCUAGCACUUUUAAUCUCAGCUGUAGGGAUUACUUAGGUCGGACUGCUCUCCAGCUUGCAGUUUUAGGCGAACACUAUGACUGUAUCCAGCUUUUACUGGACAAGUCAAGACUGGACAUCAUCGAAGAAGGUCUGCUGCAUGCCAUCAAAACAGAAAAUGUCAAGAUUUGCGACAUGUUCCUGGCACAUCCGGUGUACUCCGAUCAAAGGUCAAGGAUGCAGUUAGAGUUUCAACAUGGCUUCUACGAGCAAGAAGAUAGCAGUUCCAGCUUUGCGCCCGAUAUCACACCUAUAGUGCUGGCUGCCCAGUGCAACAACUUCGACAUAGUGCACAUGCUGAUACAGAAAGGUUUUACCAUCUCCACUCCCCACAAUUACUUCUGUCUCUGUACCGAGUGUUACAACCACAAGACAUUUGACAGGGUGGUCCAUUCCAAGUCAAGACUUAAUGCAUAUCGUGGACUAGCCAGUACUGCCUACCUGGCCCUAUCUUGUGAUGACCCAAUCUAUGCAGCAUUUGAACUGAGCAGAAGUCUGCAGAAACUGGCAGAUAGGGAGAAGGAACACAAGAGUGAGUACAGAGGGCUGAGUGAGAAAUGUAAAAAUUUUGCUGUUGACCUGUUGGACCAAUGCAGAACCAACGAAGAGGUGAUGGCAGCUUUACAUGGUGGCACCAAUACUAGAAACUUGUCUCGGAUAAAAAUGGCCAUAAGAUAUGAACAGAAAAAGUUCAUUGCCAAUGCAAGCUGCCAAGAACAUCUAGCCAGCAUGUGGUAUGCUGGUGCUUCUUGGUUUCAGCAUCAAAACUUUCCUAUUAAGCUUGUUCUGGUGCCUUUAGGAAUUGUCUUUAUUCCUGUGACAGCAAUAGUUUAUGUGUUUCUACCCUAUUCUAGAAUUGGGAAAAUUUUAAAAUCACCAUUCAUGAAAUUCAUGAAUUAUAUAUGUUCCUAUACUGCAUUCUUGGUGCUGCUGUUUCUGGGAACUCAGUUGUCUUCAUUUAAAAGUGUACAUUUAUUUAAAGGCAUUGAAGGAGUUGUGAAUGGACUCAUUAUGUUUUAUGUUUUAGGUAUGUUCUGGGCUGAGUGCAAACAGUUAUGGGAGGAAGGCGUGAAAGGUUACUUCUCUCAGAUGUGGAACUACAUGGACAUCACCAUGUUGGCUUUGUAUACUGCUGGCUACUCCACCGAAGGUGUGAUCUAUACAAAAACCAAUGGAUACUUCGCUGACAAUCACCUGAUUCACAGUGAAGAUGAGUCCAUACUAAAUCCACAAAUUUUAUCUAAAGUUUUGUUUUCUGUUGCCAAUGUUAUGAGUUUUGCAAGAAUAGCGUACAUCCUUCCAGCGAGUGAGACGUUUGGGCAGUUACAGAUUUCUUAUGGGCGGAUGUUACAGGAUGUUGGCAAGUUUAUCUUCAUCUAUUUCACAGUCAUGAUCGCUUUUAUAUGUGGACUAACAAGCUUAUACAGUAUUUCCAAGAACGAGAAUUUUGCUGGUCUCUUAGAGACCACUGGGACAUUGUUCUGGGCUGCCUUUGGUAUGGGGAACUCUCAGGCACCAGCUAUUAAAGAAGAAACAAAUAGCAGUCAGGAUAAUGGUGACUCAGAGAUAACAGACAGUGAGCUGCUGAAAGUCAUUGAGGUGGUUGGCUACAUUUUGUAUGGAGUUUACAUUCUUGGUGCUGUCGUGGUACUGAUCAAUAUGUUAAUUGCUAUGAUGAGUAAUACUUUUGAAGACAUUCAGAAAAGUGAAGACUGUGAGUGGAAGUUUGCUAGAGCCAAGCUUUGGAUUUCUUUCAUAGAGCAAGGGACAACACUCCCAAUACCUUUUAAUAUCAUUCCAACACCUAAAUCUGUGGUGAGACUAUUUCGAUGGUUUCAGGAAUGUAUUUCUUGUCAAUCAUCUAGAAGUGACUCAAACAAGGAGGACAAAAAACCAAAUGAGCUAGAAUAUAAGGCAAUCAUGCAUCGUGUGGUCCUGAGAUAUAUACACAAAAUGAAGUUUGAGAAAAAAGGAGAAAGUAUCAAAGAUGAUUUACUAGACACAAGAGAAGAAGUUAUCUAUCAACUACACUCAAUGUAUGGACGACUUGCAGCCAGGCUAGAAUUAUUAGAGAAAGAUGUUUUUCUGCUGGCUAAACAUGGAUGGGAACCAGAAGUAAGUCCAAAUCAUUCCUCAUUGUAUUACUCAAGGUCUGUUCCAUCACAUCCAGGCAAUGAAGGAAUAAGAUCUAUGAUGUCAGACAACAACAAAGAUCCAUUUCUGUUCAGAAGAAGAUCUUAUUACCAUGAACGCCCUAGGGCUAGGGGACAUGAUGCCAGUAGUCGGCUAUCUCUUGAAGAAAGAAUGAGAAAAUACAGUGAAACAGAGUCCAGGGUUUGUUUUGCUCCCGAUUCAAUAGAGAACAAAGUUAACAUGAGCGAUGGGGAUAAAAGGAAUCUCAAGAACAAUAACUCUCAUUUAAGUCCAACAACCUCUAUUCACAAUAUUAAUCUAGGCAAUACUGUUACAAGCAGUAACAUGACAACUAAUUUUGAUCAAAGGUCAUGUGACUCAAGAAAAGAAUCAGUUGUCAGUAACUUGUCUCAAAAUGUCAUUGAGCCUGAGGAGUUUUGUCUGUCCCGUAGAGAUUCAUUUCGAGUUUGGCCCCAACAGGCAGAUAUAGCUUUGAACCAAAGAGUUGGAGGAAGGUCACGCGAGGACAGUUUCCGACACAAAAGUUACAGCACUAGUCCUCGGUGGAAUCAAGGGGUCAUUAAAGAAUCAUCCCUUGAAGAUCAAAUCAAUACAAGCACUGAACAGCAGGUCACACCUCUAGCAUCUGAUACCUACCAUGUCAAUAGCAAUGUUCGCAAAGACUUCUUUAGUUAUCCAAACAUUGAUGCACCCUUUGGGCCACCCUCUGGAGAAAUAUCUCAAACUCAUACUUUUGCUGAGUACCAUGAAACUAAACAGAAACGAAAAGAGGCCAUCGAGAGUCUGGUUUUGGAUGUCCAUCAAAUUCCUUUUACUAAACUUGAUGCCGAACCAGUUGUACCGGAGGAAAUGUGCAGACCAUCGAAUCCUAAUCCCUCUGCACUGCCGGCGGAUAACAAUGUGGAGUCUACUUUCCCAAUGAAAAGAACCAGAACAACUUCUGCUGGUGAUACAUGUACAACUCCAAGAAGCAUAUUGAAAAAUGACGCAGCUACUUUCAAUCCUGGACAUGAUAGUGACAAUGAAGAUCAGUAUGCAGCGAAAAUUUCGAGUGUUUCUCUAAAGCACGUCUAUCCCAGACAAGGGAAAGCACUUGGAUUUAACACAUGUAAGAGUAAUAACCCUGUUUUCCCAAAAUGUACAGAGCCAACGUUUAGCCAGUUGGAACCAAUGAAACCACCUCUAAGGGUCAUUCGAAAGCUGGGUCAUGUUAACCACGUUUAUGUCCCGGAUCGAAUGUCCAUUGAAGAUCAAUCAGAUUCAUGUGUCAUCCAACCUCAAAUUAACAUUAAGGGACAUGCCAAUGCUAUAAGCACUGAAUCACAAAUAUUUUAUACCAAAGUUCCAAUGGAAACAAAAAUAGUUUGUGACGAGAAUACUGGUCUGACUUCUGGUCAGAAUUAUUUUGCAAAAUUAAUUCCUGAAGUUAAAGAGCGACAGUCACAGGAUGAAAUGUCAAGGUUAUCAGAUACACAUUUCUUUCAGCCAGUACAAGACGGUAGUUCUACAGAUAACAAAACAAACAUUGCUACAACUUCUGAUCAAUCAGCUAAAGCUUUGGUCAGUCAGACACUCUUUGGAAAUUUUCAGAAGAAAGAACCGACUAACAAAGAAUAUGAAGCUGUUAUGCAUACAUCAGAACCUAAUUCUAAUAUGAUUAGAGAUGCUACUGAAAAGCAUGAUUCUAUACCUGCUGCCAAGCAUUCUUGCUUUGUGACUACGUCCAGAGAAAGUAACAUACCAAUCUCAGAUUCUGACUUGUCAUUUUCUGCAUCUGACUAUGCCUCAACGUCUAUCUCAAGGUACCCCUAUUAUUCAUUUAAUGCGGGUCUAGAUCUACUGCCCAGUCCAGAUUUCACACCAAUGGUCAUCCCAGCACUGGCAACAAAUCUCCAACCCUUCCCUCUUCCAACACAAGGAAAUGACAGUUUUGUUCAGAGGUGUAUGCCAAUGGGAGUGCAGGAAACUAGCAGUGUUGAUAUUGAGAAGGAAAAUACAAAGCGAAAAUCUUCUAGCGGGAAAAAAACAAGUUUGGUUUCUUUUGUCCGGGGGCGGCGCUCUGACAAAAUGAAGGGAAAAUUAGGAGAAGAGAAACCUAUUCGAAGUGUUUCACUGAAUCGUUCUAGUGGCAGCUCUAGACGUGAGCGCUUGAGAACUCUUCAGACUCAAAGAAGUAAAGAAGUUUGAUUAGAACACAAGAGACAAAUGCAUUCUUAUGGCAUUUUAUCUUUAAUGCUAAUAUUUUAUUGAUGUUAGAUAAGUUACUACAAUACACACUUUAAAUUGUUACCUGGAAAAUGUGGUCCAGAAAGCAUCCAUAUUUAUAUUUUUUUAGAUUAACAUAUUUUGCCCCACUUUUCAUUCAGUCCACUCUGAUACUUUUGACUUCCUCUUCACCAUGAUGAGCUAAGCCUAUAAAGAAUUGCCCCCCCCCUUUUUUUUUUCCCAAGCCUCCCCCUUCUCUGAGUUUUUGUUUAGGUUUUGUUUUGUUAGUUUCAGAAGUUUUAGAAGUGAAGAUUAUGGGGAUGGAACAGUUGCCAACUCAGGACCAUCAUGAUAAGCCACAAAGGGUCAGGCAGUUCAAUAGUUUACUUGUUCAAAAUGUGUGAGAGUCUUAAAGUAGUGACAUGAUUUCACUACCUAUAUAUUUGUUUGUUAUUUUGGUUUAAAUAAUUAAUUAUGUUUUGAAAUAGGAUGAAGUCAUGGGAAGGGAAGGAUUCAAACUGUGGAAGGAUGCAGCCUUUUCUUUUUGACAUUUAUUCUUAGUAUAAAUUCUCAAAUGUGGAAUGUACAAAUAUAGGAAUGUAUAAACUUUGUAUUUUUGUCUUCCUUCAGCGAUUCUUGUUCCAUCUAAUAAUGAUAUUAAAAGAAAUCUUCAAGCAAA